UGCACAGUGCGCGUUUGAUUGGCUUCCCUCCCCGGUCAGUGACGUCAGACCCACAAUGCAUUGGGGCUGCUUAGCAACAGCGUUCGCAUCCCACGGAGUCGCUUCUGCUGGUGCGUUGUGUUUCGUUCGUUGGCCAUCGCAAGGCUAUAUAAACCUAUAUGUUAUAUAUAUGUUGUUCUAUAUACCCUGAUAUAAACCGCCAUCGGUUCGGGCAAGAAGGUAUAUAAAAACACGUUCGGGUUCGUUUCGUUUGGGCGACGUUUGGGUUCGUUUUGCAGGCUACAUGUCUGAAAAUGGCUAAUAUCAAGCUGUGCCCAUGCAGCAAGGACAACUCGACUAGUUUCCGGAAUCUUACGUCAGCAACGAAGCAGACUUUCCGUGUUGAUUCGACCUUCCCUGGUUUGAAGACGGAGGAGAGCAAGAACAACCCCCGAUGCCCUAACCUCUACAGAACCAGAUGGCGCUGCCAACACAAGACCAGACCAAGAUCGGCAACAGCUGACCUUAAACCGUCCUCAAAAAACACGACCUGCCCAGCCCGGCUGUCGUUGACGCUGAAAAAACCUGCCAAAGCCGGCAAGCUGAGCAAGCAGAAAAAUCAUCUCGAAGAUGGGCUUCUUGGCGUCGUUAGCAUCCACUUCAGCCACAACCACGGACUGGAAGUCGCUGACGUCCUGAAGGAGAGGGAUGUAUCGACGGCGACCAGGGACCGUCUUCUGGAGCUGUUCCGGAUGGGCUACUCGGCUGAGCAGGCGCGAGACGAGCUCAUCUCAGCUCUACAAGAGGAGGCCGGAGACGAUUUCUACCGCAUCGCAGCGGACCGCGCCCACUGUCCUGAUGUUGGCUACUGUCACCGGUUGUACCGGACAGAAUUCAAGAAAGUCUACGGCGAGCUGUCCGGAGAGAAAAUGCUGGACGGCCUUCGCUGCCUCGUAGAGCAGUACGACGGAACGUCGGGCGGUCGUGCUGCUUUGGAGGUGGACGACCACAACGUGGUGGUGGCUAUCGUCACGCCGCUGAUGCGCCGAGUCUCCCAGCUGUGGCCUCGAGCCGCAGAAAUGUUGUUCGUCGACUCGUCCGGCAACAUGGACCGGAGCGACAGUCGUCUCUUUCUCCUUCUGACUCACAGCCCGGUCGGCGCUCUCCCCGUGGGGGCCAUCGUCACGUCAUCAGAGUCGACCAGCGUCCUAACGGCAGGGCUCCAGCUGCUGUUGACCCUGAUGGAUGAGCAGAGCUUCGGGGGUCGAGGAGCACGUGGCCCGGUGGUGGCCAUGACGGACGACUGCGCUGCCCUCAGAGCCGCACUGAGGAAUGUCUUCCCCGAGUGUCGGCUACUGCUCUGCUCAUUUCACAUCCUCCAGGCUGCCUGGCGGUGGCUGUGUGGGAAGCAGAGCGGUGUCGCCGCUGACCAGCGACAGGAGGCGUUGCAACGUGUCCGUGCCCUCCUCCGAGCCACCACUGAGCACGACCUCAGCCAGCGCUGGGAGGAGCUGCUCGCCUUCACACGGACGAAGAAGCUCGGACACUUUGAAAAGUACAUGGAAGAGCGCUGGAUCCGUCGUCACGAGUGGGCCAUGUGUUUCCGCUCGGACCUGAUGGUCAGAGGGAACCACACCAACAAUCUGACGGAGGCGGCCUUCCGCAUCAUCAAGGACAAGCUCCUGAGGCGGCUCAAGGUCCACAACACCACCCAGCUGGUCGACAUCGUGAUGAUCCGACUCGAAAAUGAGUACUCGCGCAAAGUCCUGGACGCUGCAAACGGAAGAACGCCGGCCUCGGCACGCAAGCGCUUCUGCCCGUCGGCAGAUGGCAUCGACAAGGCGUCUGUGGAGCAGGUGGGACCGUCCACGUACCAGGUGUCCAGCUUCACCAAGUCCGGUGUCUCGUACACCGUUGACACGGAUCUGGAGCUGUGCACGUGUCGUGUGGGAGCCACUGGAGCGCCGUGCAAGCACCAGGCAGCUGUUCUGCGGAAGGAGCCUGCCAUGGCUGAUGCGGCAAUCAACUUCCUGCCCACCCUCAGCGAGAAACAGCGUCACCUCUACUUCCAAAUCGCCACCGGUCUUACAGCACCCGGCGGGUUUUUGGCCUCAAUGAGGCAAAAUCCGCGGGAACCGAGCCGCACGAGCCAGCCAAGCACGAGCCGAAGUGACGCAUCAGCCGAAGAUCAGCAACCUGACGUGGCGAGCGAGGAGAAGGCGGGCGCCAACCUGGGCGACGGGACAGCUGACCUGAUCGCUCGGUGCCAGGCUCUUUGUGAGUCAUGGCAGGCUGACCUGAUGCGUGCACCAGAGCUGUACGGCCCCGCACUAAGCACUUUCAUUAGCCGUUACGAGCGCAUGAAAACGGACAAUUCGCGGGUGUCAAGUUUGCACCAGUUUGGCACUGGUUGCAGCGCUGUCCCUGCAAGCUCCUUCAAAAGCUCUGUGAUGAUAGGCGUCCAGCCGACAGCAGUGGCUCGCAGGAAAGUCCCAGUUGGUGGCAAGCGGCGUGCUUCCACUGGGAGACCCAAAAAAGACGCCGCCGCUGGCGACCACGGUGCCUACGCCGUGCCAACAAAGGUCGCGAAGCAACCUCUCUGUGCUCAGGUGGUGCCCUCAGCGCGAGCCCCACACAACCUGGCGGAGUGUGUGGCUCGAAACGUCUCUGUGGGUCGAACCCACAGUGCCUAAUGUGUUCAACUUUUAUGCGUUCUAUCUUUAGCGGCCGGAUUGACCGUCACGAGCUGGUGGCGAAAUUCAGCCUUGUCACUCAGGUUAGGCGUUCUCGGCACACAGGCCUUUUUCAUGUCCCAUUUGGCAGAGUUAAUGCUGUGAAGUGUGACUUGUUUAUUCGACUAUCCAACCAACUAAACAAAUUCUUACACGAACAUUCGGAGGCAGACUUCUUCCAGCCGUCAUGUCAUUGGAGAGCACUACUGCUCCGCUUUGCGAGUAGUCAGGGUACUUUUAAUGAGUGAUAUCGACUGAUGUCGGCCAGCACUCUUUGGCUACUUACUUUCUGUGAUCGCUUCUGGUAUAUGUGUAUGUAUGCUGGGAG